AAAUAGUGCCCUUCUCUAUCAAGUGGCACCCAGAAAGAACCAGUUGAGACGCAGCCAUAUCAUGAGGAGGAAACUACAGAACAUGAACAGAAGCAUCUUCAAUGUUAUUGUCGGAAAAUCAUCGGAACUAAUAUCUCUUGACAGAAGAUGGAAACUUCCCAUCCUGAAAAUGCUGUAUUGAGCAAAUGCUGGCCUCAAACCCUGGGAAGACGCCUAUUAGUUUACUGCAGGAGUAUGGAACAAGGAUUGGAAAGACACCGGUGUAUGACUUGCUGAAAGCUGAGGGCCAAGCCCACCAACCCAAUUUCACUUUCCGAGUGACAGUCGGAGAUAUUAACUGCACAGGUCAGGGGCCUAGCAAAAAGGCAGCAAAGCACAAGGCAGCGGAAGCUGCCCUGAAAUUACUAAAGGGAGGAAACAUGUUGGAGCCCAUGUUGGAUGGAGUCAAGAUCUCUGGCACUGAAUCCAAAAGCUCUAGCUCUGCUCAGCUGGCGGAAUGCAACCCUGUAGGGGCUUUACAGGAGCUGGUGGUUCAGAAAGGAUGGAGACUUCCGGAAUAUACAGUCACUCAGGAAUCUGGUCCUGCCCACCGGAAGGAGUUCACCAUGACUUGCAGGGUCGAGAGAUUCUUGGAGAUAGGGAGUGGGACGUCGAAAAAGCUGGCCAAGCGCAACGCAGCCGCAAAGAUGUUAGCAAGAAUCCACGAUGUCCCUGUGGAUCAGAGGGACGGGAACGAAGUCGAGCCAGAAGAUGACCAGUUUUCCAUUAUGGUUGGUAACAAGCUGGAUGGGCCGAAGGGCAAGAGCGCAGGUUGCACGUGGGAUUCGCUCCGGAAUUCUGCAGGGGAACGAAUUCUUCACCUCAAGAGCAACCCACUUGGUGUUUCCAACUCCAAUUUUUGCCAGAUGUUGAGGGAAUUGGCCGAGGAGCAGCGGUUCGACGUCAGUUACUUAGAUAUCGAAGAGUUGAGCUUGAGUGGCCUGUACCAGUGUCUUGUGGAGCUAUCAACGCAGCCCACCACCGUCUGCCACGGCUCUGGCUCAACAAGGGAUGGUGCCCGUGCCAAUGCAGCCCACAAUGCACUGCAAUAUCUGAAAAUCAUGGCUGGAGGAAAGUGAGCCCAGUGGAGAACAAUGAUCACUCCUCAGUCUGACCAGCACUGUUUUAAUUCCCUCCCAAACUGACAUGUUUUUUAUAACCAACAGCUUGAAUUUCCCAAGUUGUGUACAUGAUUGGAAGUCGAGGUUUCUUACGGUGGUGCCUUUUUUUUU